GGGGGUGAGCAGAUGCCGCGUUUAAGUCGGAACUAGAAACUCUGAAUUUUCGGACUCGCUAACUGUUCGAUCGCGUCGCGUGUAUAACUAGGUUACAACCAUUCAGCGAGUCGAACAUUUCAGAUGUUCCUAGUUUCGACUAACACGUGAACGCGACAAGACAGACCUGUGCGAGCGGCCUGUUGCUACUCACUACGUAGACACAGUUUAAACUCUGUACUGUCUUUGACGUAGGUGUCGUUUGCCUGCUAGUGGCUUUCACUGUAAAAACAUGGCGAGGUUUAGCGAGCAUGGGAUUCGCCUCAGUUCCAUGAGUCCGUCUUUCCUGAAUAGUAAUUCAACAAGUCAUACGUGGCCUUUCAGCGCAGUUGCAGAACUAAUAGAUAAUGCGUCAGACCCGGGCGUGACAGCCAGGCAGAUCUGGAUAGAUGUGGUGGAGGAACAGCAGCAGCUCUGUCUGGCCUUCACUGACAAUGGCAGUGGCAUGACCCCCAACAAACUGCACAAGAUGCUCAGUUUUGGUUUCACAGAGAAAGGGUCUGGUAAGGGCAGCCACCAGGCCAUCGGUGUCUAUGGAAACGGCUUUAAAUCUGGCUCCAUGCGUCUGGGUCGUGACGCUCUGAUCUUCACUAAGAACGGAGGCUGUCUGACCGUCGGCAUGCUGUCCCAGAGCUACCUACAGGCUAUAAAGGCACAGGCUGUCAUCGUCCCCAUAGUGCCCUUCAACCAACAGACCAAGGUGCUGGUAGUGACUGAGGACUCUGAGGCCAGUCUGAAUGCCAUCCUGACCCACUCUCUGAUCCACACCCAGAAGGAGCUGCUACAGCACUUUGACUCCAUCCUCUCCAAGAAGGGCACUAAGAUCCUCAUCUGGAACAUACGCAGGAACAAAGAUGGCAAGCCGGAGCUGGAUUUCGAGACAGAUGAGUUUGACAUCCGGAUGCCAGAGAUCCACUCAGAGGAGACCAAGACUAGAGGCAGGAAGAAGAGCUUCCCUGGACCGCAGAGGACUGACCACACCAUCCCAGAGAUGGACUACUCCCUGAGAGCCUACCUCAGCAUCUUGUACCUGAAGCCUCGGACUCAGAUCAUCCUGCGACAGAAGAAGGUUCAGACCAAGCUGGUCGCCAAGAGCCUGUCGCAGAUUGAGAACGAUGUUUAUAAACCCCAAUUCAAUAAAGACAGAGUUAAGGUCACCUUUGGGUUCAAUCGUAAGAACAAAGACCACUAUGGCAUCAUGAUGUACCACAAGAACCGCCUCAUCAAGUCCUAUGAGAAGGUUGGCUACCAGAUCAAGUCGUCAGGUCAGAGGGCAGGGGUUGGGGUUAUUGGGGUCAUUGAGUGCAACUUCCUGAAGCCGGCUCACAACAAGCAAGACUUUGAAUACACCAAAGAGUACAGACUGACCCUGUCGUCCCUGGGGCUGAAGCUCAACGACUACUGGAAUGAGAUGAUGGAGAAAAAGGCGAGAGAACGAGAGUUCCUGGCAGCGGAGAAGAAGAAUGAAGAGGAAGAUGAGGAGGAGGAGGAGGAGGAGGAGGAGAGUCCAGUGUGGCUGCAGUGUGAGGACUGUCUGAGGUGGAGGCGUGUCCCAGAAGGCCACUACAGCUCCACCCCUGAACACUGGAGCUGCAGCCAGAACCCCAACACCAUGCUCAGGAGCUGCUCUCUGCCAGAGGAAGCAGAGGAGAGUGAAGAAGAGUUAACGCCAAGCUACCAGAAGAAGACCUACAAGAAGGACCAAGGCCUGGUCAGAAAACGAGGCCGUCCUCGGAAGCACCAUGUACUCCCCCAAGGCCUGUCUGAGCCGGUCCUCCUCCGCCCUCUGCCCCGUGAUGCCCCCCUCCCUCUGACUGAACCGGUCCUCCUCCGCCCCCUACCCCCUGAUGCCCCCCUGCCUCUGACUGAACCGGUCCUCCUCCGCCCUCUACCCCCUGAUGCCCCCCUCCAUCUGCUCACAGAGGAGACUGAAAACAGCGAGCAGAAUAAGCCAGUGGCUCCACUGGUGGCCACUUUAGAGGAUGACGAGGACAACAUGGCACAGUCCAAGUCUGGGUCAGAGACAUGCGCACCCACACGCGCAUGCAAACGCUCAUACAGCAGAAACAAGCGGAAGUCAAUAUGGCCGCCCAGGGACAUGGAAAAGAGACCACAACCAUGGGCGGGUCCACACCCAUUCGCUGACGAGAUCCAAGAUGUGCAACAACCUGGGAAAGACGGCAACGAACCACAGACACUGACUGGGCAGACAGAGAAGACCAAGGGGGAAAAGGCACCACUCGGGGCCACCAGAGGAGGCCUUUCCCAGCCCAGCUCCAGCCUUGCCUGGCCUCCCUCACUCACUUCAGCCCAGACGGUGGUGGUGUCCCCCCUGAGUCGUCCGGAGGGCCCCUGGCCCCGGGCUCUGACCCUGGAGGGAGCUGGUUCAGAAAGGGGAGCCCUGGUCCAGAGACUGGCUGGACUGGAGAAGGAGGCUCAGAGGCUGAGGAGGAUACUGGGUUCCAAUGCACCCCCAGCAACGCAGGACACUGUGGUGAUGACAGAGGCUGCCUCUGAGGAUAAGGCAUCUGGUGGGGCAGGGGCGGAGACAACGGUGGCCAUGGUAACCAAACAGGACCAAAAGGAGUGUGAGAGCUCAGCUUCCCCUGGCAUACCAGGGCUGGUUGUGGAGGGCAUCCAGCCCCAGAGAGAGCAGCCUGAGCUGGGCAGGCUGAGGAGGGAGAAGGCUGACCCCCAGAGCAGGCUGAGACAGACUGACAGCCCAGUGACCAGGGACCAGAGCUCCCGUAUUGUGCAGGAGAACCUCCACAAAAUCCGAGGGAACGUGGUGGCUCUGCUGUCAGCCAUCCUGCCCCACCUGGACCUGCAGGGCAUCAGCCUGGACACGCCAGACGUAGACAGCAUCCUGCAGCAGAUCAUAGACGCCAACUCACUGUCUCCACUCUAGAACCCACUCUCAGUGCUCUAGAACCCACUCUCAGUGCUCUAGAACCCGCUCUCAGUGCUCUAGAACCCGCUCUCAGCACUCUAGAACUCACUCUCACCACUAGUACUUAUGCUCACCACUCAACUGUAGGUAACAUAUCGUUUCUUUUUCCAUACCAACCUGGAACCCCUAUGUCCACAACACAUUAUCCACACACUGACUCACAUUGUAAUGGCUGACCAUCUUAAUAGCCCAACUGACUAUCACAUUGUAAAUACUUUAUCCCCAAUUGACCCUGCCUAAGUUCAGAUGCGUUGUACUGUACUCAUUGAGUGUGAGAUGUUGUAAUACUGUACUCAGAUCAGCUUGCUGUGCUGUACCUUCACCAUAUGUAAAGGAUCCACAUAAGUAACCAGCAGUCUGCUUCAUUUAAUAUCAUGUGUUAUUACUUGUCAAUCAGAGACCCUGGCUUGUGUGAGAGAAGCUGAGAAGCCUAUUACUGUUUGCUUUUCAUCCUUGCUACUGUUUUUAAUACGUUUGUUAUUAUUUUGUCAUUUUAAUAUAUGAACAUGUUCCUUGAUAGUGUUAGGGCUGGACUUAAACAACCCUGUCAUUACAAUGUUUUAUAGUUUUACUGUUUGUUUGCUUGCAUAUCUUUUUAAAGAAAAUCAACCAGG